UUACACAUGAAAAAAGGUACUUUUGGUGAAAGCCGUUCCAGUGGCGCUCUGGUGGGCUGGUCACCCUGUAAAUAUGUCAGACUGUGCUGUUCUGGGAUGCAAACCAGAGCCUGGAGCCUCCGUCCACUGCUUGCCAAAGAACCCUGCGCUCAGACAGAAAUGGAUGGACUUCAUUAACGGACACCGCUCAAGCAGACCUUCAAAUACGGUGGGAAUCCGUAUCUGCUGCGCACAUUUUACCAACGACUGUUUCGUGAAUUUCUUUCAGAGGUCCAUGGGUUUUGCCAAAAAGCUGAUUCUGAAGCCUGAUGCGGUGCCGUGCGUUUAUCCCGGGAACCUACCGGGUUUGCUAAAGCAUGAGGCGGCUGCGUUAUGUUUAAGAGCAGACGUGGCCUGUCAGUGCAGCCUUCCCGCGAUCAGGACUGUGGGGACCCAGCUGUCAGAACGAAGGCUCGUGUGCAGCAGAAGUGUAGGUGUCCAGACGAAGCUGCCCUCAGCAGGCGCUGGUGUCGGCGCAGCAGAGACGAGACCAGCAGAACAAUCCAAAGGAGGGAUCGUUUCAGCCUCUCAGAAAGCUCCUCCAUCGCCCCCGAUCACUUGGACACAGCCUGAAAUUGAAGAUGACGACCACUACGUGACUGUGGAGGAGUCUGGAGAGACAGUGAGCAGUGAAAGCAAUGGGGUGGCAGAGUGGCUGUGCCCCCUGUGCCAAAAAGGACAAGCCGACAGAUCAUCCCUGUCUCGACAUCUCACUGAGCAACACAGCGUACUUCCAUCUUGUGUUGACAAACUGCUGGACAUAGUUGUUCUGAAACAGGCUGCCAGCGGAGGAGAGACGGACAAAGGUGCUCAAAAGUCUGCAGAUGCUGAAUCUUCACAACUGAAGCACGCUGAAGACAUCAGUUCAGACCCCUGCCAAUGUAGUGAGAGUUCAGACGCUACCCAGACUCCUGGAGACAAAGAGAUGGAGGAAGAGAGAAUAAUGGAAGAGGAGGGAGAUGAGGCUGAGCCAGAAGCGGAGGGAAAUCAGCUAACAGGAGCCAAACAGCAAAAUGCAACUGAAAACGCAGAAAUCCCAGACUCCAGUGAACCGUCAGUCAGUAAAAAUGGUGUGCCAGCUGAAAAUAACACCCAGUCGUUCAAAUGCAAUGCCUGCCUGGAAACUUUUCCCAGCAGAACUGCCUUGAGCGUUCAUUACAACUCUGCAUCCCACAUUCAAAAGAUGACAACGGGCUCUGCAAAACAAAUUGGGGAAAAUGAUCCCCAGACUCCCUCAGUUCCUGUCCUGUCUCGGCCAUAUAUAUCAAACAAACCCUACCAGUGUGCUAUAUGUCGAGUCUCUUACAAUCACGCCAUCACUCUUGAGAGCCAUAUGAAGUCUGUCUUGCACCAGUCCCGCAGUAGAAAUGCUGGAAUUGCUGCACAGGCUGCAAAUGGCGCAGCAGUCGCUGCGAGUUUGGGAAGCAGCACCACCACUGCUCCAAACGAUGCAGUGACGACAUCUGCAAGUGGGACUACUCAGUUAGUUACCACCACCAACUGUGCUGCUCCUGGGACGUUGAUGGUGACGACUACAAAAGACGGAGAGCAAAUUCAAACUUCACAAGUGGCUCCCUCCCUCCUCACCUCCCCUGUGGCCUCAGCUCAGGCGGUCUCAGCCUUUCUCACCCUUCUCACGUCUAGUCCCAGCACCCUCUCGCACUCCCUCCUUCCUUCCCUAUUUGCGGCCGGUGCUGCUUCUGGUGCCACCGUGCCUCAGCUUGUGCCUCAGCCUCAAAUGGUCAUGCCCUUGAUCUUGAAUGGGCUCCAAGCCCAAACCCAGCAGCACCAAGAGAACCAGCAAGGCCAGCUCCUUACUCAGUGUGUGCCAUUCGUAGGUCUCAGCACAGGCCAGCAAGCCCUCCUAACCCAAAGACUUAGCAGCUUACAGAACCAGUGGCCCUCUGCUGGGGCCCCAGUGAGUGCACAGUCCUGCCUGGAAGAGCAAAAUCAGGCCAUAAAGUGUGAGAGUGAACGAAACAGGCAGGACAGUGAAGAGACAGUUAAAGAGAAGGUUUCAGAUCAGGUCAAGGACAUAACUGGGGAUAACUGGACUACAGAGAACAUUAAAACAGAGAAACUUAAAGAAGAGGACAGUAAAGAGCUUGCACAGUGUCCUAAUAUAGAAAGCAAAGUGAAGGUUGAGAAUAGUGAAGACAAUGGGAAGGCACAUAGAGAUAGCACAACAGAUGGAGACAGCUCGACUAAUCAGUUGGACCUGGAAGGUGAUAAAGCAGCUAGCCUCAAUCUCUCCCCAGCGGGCACAGAGAAAAGCCUCCGCAGUAAGAACCUCUCGCCUUCUGCAUCUGUUCCCAGCAACUCAAGCCUCAGUCCUGUAAAUCUAAACCUUACGCUUAGCCCUGAUUCUACUCCUCGAAAAUCACAAUCGGGCACAAGCCCUUGUGGCUCUCUUGGCACCCCAAAGUCCAGCCCGAUUACAGAUGCCUUAACUAACAACCAAACUCGAUCCCAUUGUAAUGCAGUGGGGUCCGUUCAGCCAGAUCUUCCAGUGCUGUCAGAGUUCCAGUCGGAGGUUCUCUGGGCCUUCUUUGAGUCACGCAGUGAAGCUGAUGCUGCAAGUCCACCCCAUGAAGACUGUGAGGCACUGGGCAGAGAGGUGGGGCUCUCAGAGGAAGAGGUACGUAGGUGGUUGAGCCAAGCUCGGCAUGCAAAACAGAGACAGAGGGCAGCAGAACACCUGCAAAGUUUGGUAGGGUUUACGCGACACGGCCAAAGUUCUGAUAAUGACUACGAUGAUGAGGAAAGCUCGCUGAUAAUAGCAGAAGGUGAGGAUGAGACUGAAGCGACAGGUAGUCAGGCAAUAGAUUUGUCUAGUACAAGAGGGAAACACAGACAGAGAGAUUUGGGAAAGGAGGGUCAGGGAGAUUCAUGUCUCACUUCUGACUCGGAAAAUGAGGUUUACACGUCUGUCAUUGUGUCGGAUGAGGAAAGCCAGAAUGGGUCUUUGAGGGAGGGUCCUGAGAGCCCUGCUAAAGAUGAAGCACAGUGUGAAGUGUCAGGUGACAAGGGAUCGGUUGGAGGAAAGGUCCUGCGCUCCACAACUGUGUUUCUCUCUGAUGCAGAAGAUGAGUAUGAAGAUGAGGAGGGUGGAGGGGGUCAGAGGGCUAAAAGGAAAAAGCGAAAGGGGGAGUUUGAGCGUGAUGAGGUGGAGGUGAAGAAGGAGAGACAGGACCCAGAUGUAGAUCUAGAGUUGGAGGCCCAAGGAGAUCCUCCAAGUUCACUGUCCCACAACAUGGACCACCCUGAGAUUCCAGCUGGGGCCCUCCACUCACUUCCCCUUUCCCUUGCUCCCUUCUCCACUCAGUUCCUCAGCCCCUAUGUCCUCUCUCUAACUCCUUCAGUGAUUGGGGAUGGGAGCAAGGUGCCAGUCUUUCCUAACCCACCAAAUAUCACACGCUUCUCCAGCUCUCUCCUCUCUCAGUCUCUCUCUUCCCACAACCAGACUUCUCACUACCUGUCCAAUGGUGAUGACUAUGAGUCUGCUCUAGAUCUCAGCAUGGGAAAAAACUCCAAAUCUGUUUCUUCCUCAUCCUCUCUGGCUGAUAAAAUUGAAGUUCAGAAGGGACAGCUGCUGGAUGGGCUUGGUCUGAGACCCACAUCCAAAGGCCUGGUCGUCGUUCAGGUGAAGCCUGAAUCUGUUACCGCCACACCCUCCAUCAACAGCAGUAUGAGCCUGGUCAACUGCAACAACAUGACAAAGUCUAGUAUUUACAUGAGGACAGCAGAGAAAAUGAAUUCUGCACUGUUGGAAAGGGAGCGAGAAAGAGAGAGAGAGAAGGAAAGGGAGCAAGAGCAGCAGCAGCAGCAGAGGAAGUCCAAAGGAAAAAGGUAUCGAGAUAUGAGGCGUUCAAGGACCAUCAUUCAAGCUGAGCAACUUGACAUUCUGUAUGGCUGCUAUUUCAAAGACCCAAAUCCUGGUAAACAUGAGUUUGAACAGAUUUCUGAGUGGGUCCACCUUCCGAAGAAGGUUGUCCAGAUUUGGUUCCAGAACAUGAGAGCGAGAGAACGGAAGGGCGAGGUUCGCUUCAUCAGUGAUGGGACCCUGGCAGCAGUUGGCAAACCUCUCAUAAAAUUUACCUGGCCUCUUUCCAAACCCAUAUUCUCGAACAAGCCUCCCUCAAAUAAUACUGGGUACAUCGCAACUACUCCCAUUGUGCGCACCCUCAUGAAGACAGAGAGAGAACCUGUAAAGGAGCUGGGCAAACCUACUGUGGUGAAAAAGAUGACCCCAGUUCCUAUCAAGCCCAAGGAGCUUGUUUCCUCCACCACAGUGUCUACUGUGAGCAGCAGUGCUUCUGCAGUGCCAAAGACCAAGCUCGAAACCACCAGCAACAUCACAAUGGUCAAAGUCUCACCCAAAGUCAACACCCCUGUCCUUCUAACACCACCCAAGGAUCCAGUCCCCAUUGCCCCACGACCGGCCCACAAACGAAAGCUGGAGGAGGAGAGUGAGGAAGAAAAGACUGAUGAAGAGAAAGACAAUGAAAAUGAAAUGGAUGGACCAGGGAGCACAAACCGCAUGGUGCCCAAGCUGCCCACAACUCCCAUUAACAACAGGCCUCCUUCCGCAGCGGCGAUGCCACAAAAACAGAAUGGCCUCAACUACUGGACCCCCAAAGUCCCUAUUAAGAUCAACACUCUGUCGAGAGAACAGCUGGCUCUUCCCACGCACCCGCCUGCUCGCACCAUCCCCCCUCCUCCCACCCCUAGUAUUGCACCCGUCAGCCCAAAUACCCCCAGCUCCGCCAAAGUGGCCAGCCCCUCUAGCCCGGUCGUAGCUAAAUCGAGCCCGACGGAAAGCCGCUUCCUGCCCCACUCAUCCAGCCGCAGGCCACGCACACACUUGUCCUGCCUACAGCUGUCCAUUCUGCAGUCCUGUUAUGAGACCUGUGCCCACCCUAACGCCAUGGAGUGUGAGGCAAUUGGCACUGAGCUCAACCUGCCGCUCAAGGUGGUGCAGAUCUGGUUCCAAAACACCAGAGCCAAGGAGAAGCGCUGGAGACUGCAGCAAGAGAAAAUGUCUCCCCUGUCAGGUGGGAAGGUGGACAUGAGCUCAGGAAGCUACCUGCAGUACAACGCUCUCAAAGCCAAUCGUCCCAUCCUGCCCAAACCUGUACAGCUGACUGUCACCGAGCCUCCAGCAUCCCCAGUGCCCGGCCAGCCGGUGCCAAAGGAGACCCUGACAGGCCGCUGUGAUGCCUGCAACGUGUCCUUUGAAUCCCGGGCAGCAGCGAGGGCCCACGUCUUCUCCCCGCGUCAUCUGGCAACCCUGAGAACCACUAACUUUGGCCAGCCGACAACGCUCGUCAACAAGAACGGAACCGGUAACGGCGGACCUGGCAGCGCCGUGCCAGGCCCACAUGUCCCCCAUUCCGCUCCGGUAACCAGUUCUGGUGCUGGUUCUGGAGGGGAGAGGGUUAUCGAUUCGCCUCCACCUACGGCCACCAGCAACAGUUAAGGACUCAGAUCAGGAUUGGUCUGCACACUGACUAUUCUUGGACCCAUUUGGGCUCCUCAGAUUUUAAUAAACAAGUUUGAGCACUAAUUCUCAAAAGCUAAUAUUCUUUAGUUUUUGAAGUCAGCUCCCCUCCCUACACCCGCUGUCCCUUGCUCAACAUUCACUGACUCGAAAUCCGUUAACCAAUAGAGUUCACCUGGAUUCCAGACUUAUUUCCAUGCUGCUUCACACUUAAUCAGUUGCUGUUUGAUAAGUGAUGAACACAGGUCUCCCUCAGUCCUCACACACUCUGUCUAAACAUUUUUGGUCCUAAGCCUGUGGUUAUAUAUUACCUUACUUAAUGACCUUCCUGUAAUUUGUAAAGGCACUCAACUUGCCAUGCUUGAACUGUAUUACCCUAAAGACUGAUGCAAAAGUGUUUCCUCUUUGGAAGUGGCCAUUUGACAGUGGGGCCCUGAAACACUUUUUGGGAUAAUAACACAAAAUACCCACAUUAGUAACUCCCAGUUUGCUCCUGUGGAAAUGUUUUUCUCAUGCCUACUUUUCACUUCUAAGGCAAAGAUUGCUUGGAUAUAAUAUGACUGGACUGACGCAUUGGGAGAGGAAGAACUGCCUAUUGACUGUCACCUUUUUACUUGCUACAGGAGUGUGAUCUGAAGAAUGUUGUGUCCACUCAUUUGGGAUAUAAAAAGAGGUACUUUAGAGAGAACAGGGCUGUUGAAUUGUCCCCAUUUACAUGUUCCUAGUUUUCAUGACAAUCCAAAUAGACAGGGCAAAAAGAGAAAAGUCGAAUCUUGGCAUACCGCACUUUGACACAUUUUACAUUGUUUGAAAUGUUUUUAAGCAUUCUGAUGCAAGUGUCUUUUUAUGGAAAGAUACUUACAUGCAUGUUGGAUGCCUUAAUAUAAAUUUCAUGAAAUAAAUUGUUUUUUUUUUCUUUUUCUUUUUUUUUUUUUGUUUUUGCUAGGAUAAUGAAACAUGCUUCAGGUGUGAGCAUAAUGUUGUGCAAAAACCAGACCUGGGUAGAUCAAUGAAGAGGAGCUCUGUUCCAAAAUGCUUUGGGGGAAAUAUCUGAAUGUCAUAUUCUGUAUCUAGAACAUAGGAAUUCCUGCCUGUAAAGUCGUCAGCAUUUUCUUGGCCAAGGACGAUAAUUAAUUACCAUCUGUUUUUAUAACUCAUUCAUUUUAUCCUGUGGACUUCGCUUUCCCUCCAAAUUAACUCAUUUUGAAAUGCAGCUCUGUUUCCACCUCCUGUAGGUGUGUUAGAAACAUGACAGCCUUAAGAAGAAAAACACCACCAGGUAUAAGAACUUAAUCCCAGGUGAUCGUUGUGUCAUGCUAAUGAAUUAACUUCAUCCUCACCUGGUGCAGAGGGUCACACUUUUGUCGUUUUUCACCUUUUUUUUUUUUUUGUAAAAUUUACGAUUUUCUUUGCCAUGAAUACUGUGCAUAAGACAGAAGUUGAGUACUUGUUUUAUUUACUUAAAUAUUUAUACAAAUGACAAGAGAAGCAAUUAAAAACAGGUGUAACAGAUUUUUAUUUAGGUCACAAGCCAAGCCUCUGGAAGUAUUAAGAGACAGGGCUUGAAAUGGGCUGUUUCCCAUAAACCCCUCCCUCCCUUCCCGGUUUUGUUCAGUUUUGAUACUGAGUUAACUAAUUCUGCUAAUGUAUGUGCUGUGAAAUGAGAUCUAUUAUCUGGAAACCAUGACAAGGGAGAAAGUUGGGUAUUUCUAGUGUCCUUAAGGAGCUAACAGAUACUCAUAUCUAGCAAAUUGGGAAACAUAAAAUGUGUUGACUGAGAGCUAAUAAGAUGGUGCUGCGUUGAAGGACACAUAACAUACUAAAGAUGUUCUCCUUCAAUUUAAGUUGUAUAUUAAUGUUACUAUUGAUAGUUUUAACGAAAUGCAAAACUAAAACACAAACUUUUGUAAAGAAAUAUAUUAAAAAAAAAUAACUGAUAUUCCAAAGUAAUCCUCGCUUUGCUUUCUGUCAUUCAGAAAAAACCAAAAAGCAAUCUUGAGGUCGACAGAGAGCGGGAGAGGUGUUCGUAAAUGCAAACUGUAAAGGACAUCCCAUGGCUUGACACUUGCACUAGUCCACAAUUUUUUGCACAAGCUACAGACUUUUCAAAUGAACACAGCCAUCAACAUGACGUUAAGAGUCACAUGGUGUGGGUUUUGACACCAGGAGCGUUACAAUGUCCUUUUCAUGAGUAAUAAUUUGUACUCCUAUUGGAAACUGUAUCUUGUGUGUAAAGCAAGGACUGGAGUGCUUCAACUUUUAAGACUGGGAUUACACACUCACACACUCACACACACACACACACACACACACACACACACACGGUGUUGCACUGUCCAAACUAGAUAGGUUUUUAUGGAGAUCUGCUUUUUAUUCCCCUAUUGUUUCAUUGUCACUUUGAUUAUCACUAUUGUUAUAACUGUGCUACUACUUAUACGAUUUAUCAUUACUACUCAUCACUGUUUUUGAUUAUUAUUAUUGAUCCAUAACGGUUUUAAAUGCCACCUCUCUGCUCAAAAACAGUAUGGUAUUCCUAUGAAUAUUGAACAAUAAUAGUGGCAGUGUUGUUAUGAAUUGUUAGAUUUUGAUUAAGCUUAUUUUCUCCUCCUCACUUGUACCUGCCUUUUUUGUGUUUGGUCUCCAUUAUGCUUUCUUUGAUAUACAGAAAAAGAAAUAAAAUCAGUUGAACAACAAAGCA